AUGGGUGGGAGCUACGUGAAGGUGCUGGUGGGGUCGGUGGUCUAUCCCACUCUCGCCGCGCUGCUGGCUGUCGCGGCCUGGGCGGCCUGCGUGCACUUCUUCGUCGGCGCCAGGGAGCCUGCGCCACUGCGCCACUGGAACGCCAACAAGCACGUUCACACCGACGGACUCACCUUCACGUCGGUGGAGACAAACGGGGUGCGGCUGAACGUGAUUGAGGCGGGCGAUCGCGCUUCUUCGUCGAAGAAGCUCGCCGUCCUGCUCCACGGCUUCCCCGAGACGGCGCUCCUCUCCUGGCACGCGCACAUUCCAGCGCUCGUGGCUGCGGGCUACUUCGUGGUGGCGCCCGACCAGCGCGGCUACAACCGAAGCGAGAAGCCCGAGAGCGUGGAGGCCUACUUCAUCGACCACCUCGCCGACGACGUCCGCGGCCUCAUCCGCCACUACGGCCACGACAAGGCCACCGUACCUGCGCCGAUCGCACUGCGUUGGCCCGAGGUGGUGGAAAAGCUGGUGAUCAUGAACGCGCCUCAUCCGUUAGCGUUCAGAGAUCACCUCACGUCGAGUCUGUCGCAACUGGGCAAGAGCUGGUACAUCUUCUACUUCCAGCUGCCCUACGUCCCCGAGGAGAAGAUUCGAUCGUACGGCGCGCCAGAGGGUUCGGGCAUCAUUGGCAAGACGUUCCCGCUCGAUAGCCUCCGCAGAGGACUGCAAGCGUGGAGCGAGCCGGGAGCGCUGACGGGCAUGCUCAACUGGUACCGCGCUGCCUUCCGCAAUGCCAGGCGCCUGAACGAAGUCGACCCCGCCAUUCGUGUCCCGUUGCAUAUGAUCUGGGGCGAGAACGACGUGGCACUCGAUCUCGUGUUGGUGGAGAAGUCGCUGGCCUACUGCCGCCAGCGGGACCCGGCUGUCUGUGGCGCGACCUAUCUGCCCGAGGCCACCCACUGGGUGCAGCACGACGAGCCCGAACGCGUGAGCCGCGCCCUCCUGGCCUUCCUUGCCCCUUGA